AUGGUCUGUGAUCCGGGUUAUUAUGGAAGGAACUGUGUACAGGAAUGCAGUGUUAACUGUGGAGGGACCAGACAAUGUGACAGGUUAACUGGGGAGUGUGAGGGAGGGUGUCGGCCUGGAUGGAAGGGAAUGCAAUGUGAUCAGAGUUCUUCGAUGACAUCAAACUCGGAUUCUGGAAAGGAAAACAAUGAGCUUGGUGAUAACGAUUAUAUUGACGAUGAUGAAAUAAUCCACGCAGAAAAUUCUUACGGUGAUAUGUGUUUUAAUAAAAAUACGUUAGAGGGUAUUAUUCAGCAUAAUCAAAGAGAUGAUGACGAUGGCUUCAAACACGAAUAUGCGGGUAUCAAUAAGACCAAUGAGUAUAUUGCAGCACAAGGACCUCUUCAGAAUACAGUUGAAGACUUUUGGAUCAUGAUUUGUCAAGAAUAUGUCAAUCAUAUCGUUAUGCUUACAAACCUCAAAGAAGGGAACAAACUAAAAGGGUCUCGUAUAGUAACAGAAUCUCGCGUAGUAACACAUUAUCACUAUACUGCCUGGCCGGAACACGGGAUACCGGAACCGCUCUGCCUUGCAGAUUUCCAUGACCAUGUGACAAGGACAAAAGAUAAAGGAUACUAUAGUGGUCCCACCCUAGUACACUGCAGUUCUGGCACUGGCCGUACAGGGACAUAUAUCGCUAUCGACGCUUUGUACAAGGCAGGCAAAACAGAGAGGAAAGUCAACAUCGCGGAAUACGUGAAGAAAAUGAGGGAAAAUAGAAUGAACAUGGUUCAGACUUAUGAGCAGUACAAAACUAUUUUUCUGGCGAUUGAGGUUAUGUUCAGGAUUCCAGCAUAUAAACACACCAAACCAGAAUUUGUAAAACAAGCAGGGCUUAGAGAUUGGUAUAAGUCACCAGAUGAACGCGAAUUAAAACAGAAGUUGCAGAGUCUUCUAAGGGCGCGGCCAUCGUACACGGAAGAUGAUUACAAGCUAGCCAGAGAGAAUGGAGAUAAAUCAGCUGUUCUUCCACGUGAGUAA